AUGUCAUUGGUAGAAUUUGGCGCUUUUUUAGAUGUUCCAUCUGAAGGUUUCAAAAUUGUUCGUGGUUUUACUCCUGACACUCUGGGUUGGGAAAAUUACAAUAAGAUGGAUUAUUUCUUUAGCGUUUAUCGGAUUAUGCAACAAGAAUUUUAUGUUCGACUAGCUCGUUCAUCCUCUACCAAACUGUUAGUGUCAAGCAAAAAUUUGUCAGUAAGUGACUUUAUGCUUCACUACUUUCUCGCUUAUGUGCUUGCUCCAAAAGGGAACAAUUACAUUAAAAUUAGCGAUUUGGAAAUGAUGCUUCUCUUUGCUAUGAAGAAUGAUAUGAAAAUCAAUUGGGCCUAUGUAAUUCUCCAUCAUAUGGAAUACUCCAAAGGGUUGACAAGUGGUUAUCCUUAUGCUAGAGCAAUUACAAGGAUUUUGGAAAAUUGUGGAAUUAGUUUGCAUCGGGAACCUACUAAGAAAAUGGGAAAUACAAGUGUGAUCACUAGUAGCAAUUGUUUAAAGAACAUGACAUUUUUUAAGGAUGUGGAUGGAAUCUUCAAGCAUACGGAUGGGGAAAACGUAUAUGCUCCUCCUCCCGCCCCCGAAGGUGGAUAUACCAUAGAAUUUCUCUAUAACAAAUUACAUGAGAUAGAUAUUUGUCACUCGUCUGAACUUAGGGCUAUUCGCGAUGACCUAAACUUUAUCAAACAACAAAACUAUCAUCAAAGUAAGGAUGAAGAAGAGAAAUAG